UCCCGGGGUUUGCUCUCCAGACGUGGCCAUAUCAAAUAUGGACACCACUCCAACGAUCCUGAUAGAGCGCAUUGUCAUAUCAGUCGUUUAGCUUCCCUCGCGAUUUCUAAUAACGAACUUCAUUUCCUCACUGAAUCAGUGGAAACUGGAAAGUAACAAGAUAGCUAUAAUUUCCCAUCUCAUCGUCUGUUUCUCGGCCUCACAUUUCAAUUUCUUAUAAAAGUAUCAGAGUGUAUAUUCCACUCUGCAGUUUUAAUACAGCGUUUGAAUCUAGGGCGAAGAAUUGAAUCAAGGAAUAUGAGUAAUAGCAUAGGGCAUAAUUUAUUCCAACAGAGUUUGAUUCGUCCCGCGAGUUUUAAACAUGGAAGCAAUCUCAAUUCUUCUGGCAUUCCUGCAAGCUAUUUAUUCCAAUCUGCCUCUGUGAGUCGAGGACUGCAGAUAAGCAGGUCGCCAAUAUCCUCUAGUUUUUAUGGAAAAAAUUUGAGGGUGCGGAAAUCAAAAUUAGCUGUUGUAAAUCCUCGUCCAGCUAUAACAAUUCCACGGGCUAUAUUGGCGAUGGAUCCGGCAUCCCAGCUCCUAGGAAAAUUCAACCUUGAUGGAAAUGUUGAAUUGCAGGUGUUUGUUAGCAAUCACACUUCUGCUUCUACUGUGCAAGUACACAUUCAGAUAACAUGCACUAGUGAUUCUUUGCUCCUACACUGGGGUGGGAAACAUGAUAGAAAGGAAAACUGGGUACUUCCUAGUCGUUAUCCAGAUGGAACCAAAAAUUAUAAGAACAGAGCCCUUAGAAGUCCUUUUGUCAAGUCUGGUUCAAGUUCUUACCUGAAAAUAGAGAUUGAUGAUCCUGCAAUACAAGCCUUAGAAUUUCUUAUACUUGAUGAAGCGCAUAAUAAAUGGUUUAAAAAUAAUGGUGACAACUUUCAUGUUAAAUUACCUGCACGAGAGAAGCUGAUAAUUCCAAAUAUCUCAGUUCCUGAAGAGCUUGUACAAGUUCAAGCAUAUCUGAGGUGGGAAAGAAAUGGUAAACAAAUGUAUACCCCAGAACAAGAAAAGAAAGAAUAUGAAGCCGCUCGUAUUGAACUAUUGGAGGAAGUAGCUAAGGGUACUUCCAUUGAGAGCCUCCGAGCAAGGCUGACAAACAAAAAUGAAAUUAAGGAGUCAUCUGUCUCUAAAACACAAAGCAAGAUACACGCUCAAGCUCAUAGAAGAUGGGAAAAAUCUACUACUAGUAAUGAAAGGUUUCAGCGCAAUCAGAGGGACUUAGCACAGCUUGUUACCAAAUCUGCUACUAAAAAAUCUGCAGAGGAAGAUGUUUCAGUAGAACCAAAACCAAAAGCAUUGAGGGCAGUUGAACUUUUUGCUAAAGAAAAGGAAGAACGGGUUGGGGGUGCUGUUCUGAACAAGAAGAUCUUUAAGCUCCAAGAUGCGGAACUUCUGGUGCUUGUGACCAAGCCUGCUGAUAAGAUGAAGGUUUAUGUUGCCACUGAUUUCAAAGAACCAGUCACUCUUCACUGGGCAUUAUCUAGGAAGGGUAAAGAGUGGUUGGCGCCACCACCAAGUGUGUUGCCUCCUGGUUCAGUUUCUUUGAACGAGGCUGCUGAAACACAACUUAAAAGCAUUUCUUCAACUGAACUUUCUUAUCAGGUCCAAUCCUUUGAAACGGAGAUCGAAGAGAAUUUUGUAGGGAUGCCCUUUGUGCUUUUUUCUAAUGAAAAAUGGAUAAAGAAUAAGGGCUCUGACUUUUAUGUUGAACUUAGUGGCGGACCUAGGCCAGUCCAAAAGGAUGCUGGUGAUGGAAGAGGUACAGCAAAAGUUUUAUUGGACACAAUUGCAGAGCUGGAGAGUGAAGCACAGAAAUCCUUCAUGCACCGAUUUAAUAUUGCAGCUGAUUUGAUGGAGGAUGCAAAGGAUGCUGGUGAGUUGGGUUUUGCAGGGGUCUUGGUGUGGAUGAGAUUUAUGGCCACGAGGCAACUUAUUUGGAACAAAAACUACAAUGUGAAACCACGUGAGAUCAGCAAGGCACAGGAUAGGCUCACAGACUUGCUCCAGAAUACUUAUACAAGUCAUCCUCAGUAUCGGGAGCUUUUGCGGAUGAUUAUGUCUACUGUCGGUCGAGGUGGUGAAGGUGAUGUGGGGCAGCGAAUUCGGGAUGAAAUUUUAGUUAUCCAGAGAAACAAUGAUUGCAAAGGUGGUAUGAUGGAGGAAUGGCAUCAGAAGCUGCAUAAUAACACAAGCCCUGAUGAUGUUGUUAUCUGCCAGGCAUUAAUGGAUUACAUUAAAAGUGACCUUGACAUCAGUGUGUAUUGGAAAACUUUGAAUGAAAAUGGAAUAACAAAAGAACGACUUUUAAGCUAUGAUCGUGCAAUCCAUUCUGAACCAAGCUUCAGGAGAGAUCAAAAGGACGGUCUUUUGCGUGAUCUCGGCAACUAUAUGAGAAGUUUGAAGGCAGUUCAUUCUGGUGCAGAUCUUGAGUCUGCUAUUGCAAAUUGUAUGGGCUAUAAAGAUGAGGGUCAAGGUUUCAUGGUUGGAGUGCAAAUAAAUCCCAUUUCAGGCUUGCCAUCUGGAUUUCCAGAGUUGCUUCGAUUUGUUCUCAAACAUGUUGAAGAUAGAAAUGUAGAAGCACUUCUUGAGGGUUUGCUGGAGGCUCGUCAGGAGCUGAGGCCAUUGCUGUUUAAGUCUAAUAAUCGUCUGAAAGAUCUUCUAUUUUUGGAUAUUGCCCUUGAUUCUACUGUUAGGACAGCCAUUGAGAGAGGAUAUGAGGAAUUAAAUGAUGCUGGACCAGAGAAAAUUAUGUAUUUCAUCACCCUGGUUCUUGAAAAUCUUGCGCUUUCAUCAGAUGAUAAUGAAGAGUUUGUCUAUUGCUUGAAGGGAUGGAAUUAUGCCCUAAGCAUGUCCAAAAGUAAAAGCAAUCACUGGGCAUUAUAUGCAAAAUCAGUCCUUGACAGAACUCGCCUUGCCCUGGCCAGCAAGGCUGAAUGGUAUCAGCAAGUUUUGCAACCAUCAGCAGAGUAUCUUGGAUCACUGCUUGGAGUGGAUCAGUGGGCUGUGAACAUAUUCACUGAAGAAAUAGUUCGUGCUGGAUCAGCUGCAGCUGUAUCCUUGCUUCUUAAUCGACUUGAUCCAGUUCUUCGGAAGACUGCUCAUCUUGGAAGUUGGCAGGUUAUUAGCCCAGUUGAAGCUGCUGGGUAUGUUGUUGUUGUGGAUGAGUUGCUCACAGUACAGAAUUUAUCUUACGACCGCCCUACAAUUUUAGUGGCAAGAAGAGUAAGUGGAGAAGAAGAAAUUCCUGAUGGUACAGUUGCUGUGCUGACAUCUGACAUGCCAGAUGUCCUAUCCCAUGUUUCUGUACGAGCAAGAAAUAGCAAGGUUUGCUUUGCCACAUGUUUUGAUCACAACAUUCUGGACAAUCUCCGAGCAAAUGAAGGGAAAUUAUUGAAUUUGAAACCUACAUCAGCAGAUAUAGUCUAUAGCAUGAUCGAGGGUGAAUUAGCAGAUUUAAGUUCAAAUAAGCUGAAAGAAGUUGGUCCUUCACCUAUAAAGUUGAUAAGAAAGCAGUUCAGUGGUAGAUAUGCCAUAUCAUCGGAGGAGUUCACCGGUGAAAUGGUUGGUGCCAAAUCACGCAAUAUCGCGCAUCUAAAAGGAAAAGUACCAUCCUGGAUUGGGAUUCCUACAUCGGUUGCCUUACCAUUUGGAGUUUUUGAGAAGGUUCUUUCAGAUGGUUCAAAUCAAGAAGUGGCUAAGAAGUUGGAAGUUUUGAAGAAACAGUUGGAAGGAGGAGAGUCUAGUGUCCUCAGGAGAAUUCGUGAGACAGUUUUACAGCUGGCAGCACCACCACAGCUGGUGCAAGAGCUGAAGACAAAGAUGAAAAGUUCUGGGAUGCCUUGGCCUGGCGAUGAAGGUGAACAGCGAUGGGAGCAAGCAUGGAUGGCUAUAAAGAAGGUCUGGGCUUCAAAGUGGAAUGAGAGAGCAUACUUCAGCACAAGGAAAGUGAAGUUGGACCAUGAUUACCUCUGCAUGGCUGUCCUGGUUCAGGAGAUAAUAAAUGCCGAUUAUGCAUUUGUUAUCCACACGACCAAUCCAUCUUCUGAGGAUUCAUCAGAGAUAUAUGCUGAGGUAGUGAAGGGACUUGGAGAAACUCUUGUUGGAGCCUAUCCCGGCCGUGCUUUGAGUUUUAUCUGCAAGAAAAAAGAUCUGAAUUCUCCUCAGGUGUUGGGUUACCCAAGCAAACCCAUUGGCCUUUUUAUAAGACGUUCUAUAAUCUUCAGAUCUGACUCCAAUGGUGAAGAUCUGGAAGGUUAUGCUGGUGCUGGUCUUUAUGAUAGUGUUCCAAUGGAUGAGGAAGAGAAAGUUGUGCUUGAUUACUCAUAUGAUCCAUUGAUCACCGAUGAAAGCUUCCGAAAAUCAAUUCUCUCUAACAUAGCUCGUGCUGGAAGUGCAAUUGAAGAGCUCUAUGGAUCUCCACAAGACAUUGAAGGAGUAAUAAGGGACGGUAAACUCUAUGUGGUUCAGACAAGGCCUCAGAUGUAAUCUUCAUUUUUAUUUUCUUUGCCUUAUUUUUUCUCCAUCGGGUUUUGGUAAAUAAUGGGACUUGUGUAAUUAAAAAGGUUACGCAAGGGAAAAAAUUAAAACGGGGGGAAAAUAUAGAUAUAUUUUUAUAGAAGCAAUAAUCGAAAAAGAUUUAAUAAAUUAGCAUUCAAGCUAGACUUCCCAAUUCAUUUGUAAUUAUGCUUAUUUAAUUAUAAGGCGUAUAUUGCCAUAGUAUUGAGCUUAA